AGUAAGGGAUGGGAUCCGAAGCUCCGACCUGCGUCAGCGAUCAAAAAUCAAAGAUGCCGUUCUGUACGCCAAACAGAUCAUUCUAACUUUAUUCGUGAGUCUCCUGGAGAAUGCGAAUUUGAUGAUGCAGCUAUGCAGGCGAUGGCUAAGCGCCUGAUCGAAAUUGAUUCAAACCUAUCUCGUAUUCGAUUUGAACUUGUACCUAAACAGUGGAAAUUUUGGCGAAACUACUUCUAUCGUGUAUCACUGAUACGGCAUUCAAUCUUGUCAAAUGCAUCCGAAGGACAAAGUUUCACCCAAAGAGUCUCUGAGCCGGAAGCAUCAGCACCAUCAAAGGUACGCAUCCAUGACGAUGACUGGGAGCGCGAACUACUGUCCGAUCUCAGCGAGUACGAAUUAGUGACGGAAAAGAAUGGUAAGAGCGAAGAUCAAUGGGAAACAGAAAUCAAGGAGUUACUGAACACUGUCGAAUAA